UAGCUGGAGCAGCAUGCUCCAAAUCUGUAUGGAUAUUCCUGACUAGAAACAUUGGUUGAGGAGAAUAAGCUGUCCUCAGGUGUGGUUUCCUUUGCUGGCUUUAAAUAGUGUUUGGUUAUUUUUUUUUUCUAAUUAAGCCCAUGCAUCUGUCAAUGAAAGGCCCUUAUUUAAUGUGUGUUUUUUCAGGCUUCUUCUGCUUGACACACAAAGUGGUAGCUUUCAAAUUCACAUGGUUUUUAUGUAAAGAAAUUUCUCUUAUGUCAAAUACAUUAAGCACAUAUUGGGCUUAGAUCUUUGGGAGUUAGAUUUCAUUAUGUGUAAUAUGGCAGAGUUAUAUGUGAUAUACAUCAAAAAAAGUUAAAUAGAUUUCUUUGAAGAUUUGCUGGCGACUCUGUUCGUGGAAAAGGAGGUGGCAAAAAUGUCAUUCUUGCAGAAGACUGCAAUGUUGCAAACAGCACACAGUACCUUUUCUAAAUUAAAAACAAGUGGCCUGGUAAGUGAUGGAAGAAUCUAAAUGGAAUUGAAUCUUGGGUGUGUGACCAGUAGGCUUAAGGUUCAAGGUCCAAAAAGCAACCUACAUAGAAAUCUACAUAAAACUAAGAGCUUGUAAUUUGUGAGGGUGUUUGUGUUGGUGCAUGUAGCAACACUGCUGGUAUUUUUGUGGAAGUAGUUCUAUAUUGUGAUUACUGGUAGACAUGUUACUGUUUAUAUUGGAGAGGGCAAUGUGAUGAGAGGUGAGGUUCAUUACAAGUUCCUAGGAGGCAAAUGGAGGGAAAUACUGAGGGGGAGUAUGAACUAUGUGGAGGAGCUGAAAGGGGACAGAGGAGGCCUAACAUGAUUAGGCUCUACAUGGUCUAUGAGAAGAAGGUGAAGGAGCUGGGCUUAUUUAGUGUGGUGAAGAGAAGGAAAAGGGGCCCUCUAGUAGUGGCCUACAGUGACUUGAACAAUUGGGGUAAAAAAUAUUCAAACCAUUUUUUAAUCUUGGUAAAAGCAGAUACUCUGCAAGACAUUAAGAAAAAUGUUUUCAUCAGGAGGAGAGCACAGACAUGCAACAGGUUGUACAGGGAGGUCAUGGAUUGUCUGUUCAUCUUAAAUGCCACAGGUGAUGUGAACUAGUGUGCGGCAGAAAUUUGGACUGGACGAUGAUCACCAGAGGUCCCUUGAGAACAUCUCUGCCGGGGCUGCUAUAGCGACGCGGAGGACGCCGGCGCGGAGCGGAGCCGCAGGGACGGAGCCCGGGCAUGCCCUUCUCCCAGCGCACCUAUCACCCGCCUGCAACCGGGCCCGGCGCGGGGCCGGCGGCGUUUCCCGCGUUCCAGUUCCGCGUGCGGCACGAGAACCCGGACUGGCGGCGCCUGAGCACGGUGGACGUGGAGCGGGUGGCGCGGGAGGGAGACGUGGCCGUGCUGCAGGCGCUCCUGGAGCAUGUCACCUUCUGCAACGCCGAGCGGGAGUGCUGCCCGCACUGCCAGGGCCCCGCAGACCCGCUGCUGCUGAAGCUGCUGCGCCUGGCACAGCUCUCUACCGAGUACCUGCUGCACUCCCAGGAGUAUCUCAGCGCCCAGCUCGGCAGCCUGGAGGAGGCCCUGAGAGAGACACAGGCCCAGCGUGACCAGCUGGCCAAGGAGGUGGCCCAGCGCUCACAGGAUAUCCAGGGGCUUAAGGAGGAAUGCCGGCGGAGAAAGAAGAUGAUCAGCACCCAGCAGAUGAUGCUGGAGGCACGAGCCAACUACCACCAGUGUCCAUUUUGUGAAAAGGCUUUUAUGACCUAUUCCUUUUUACAAAGUCACAUUCAAAGACGUCACCCAGGAGAGUCUGAGAUCGAACAGAAGAAGAAAGGAAAUAUAGAAAAAUUGCAGGAUGAGAUUGAAAAACUGAAGGAGCAGUUGCAGCUCACCAAGUCCCAGUUAGAGUUUGAGCAGCAGGCUAACUUGGCCAGGUUGUCUAAGGAAUGCGAGCAGCAAAAAUCAAAAGAGGAAGAGUUUCUACAAUCAUUUCAUAGAUGGAAAGACGAGGAAAGAGAGAAAUUUGCUGAUCAAAUAGAAAAAGUGAAAGAUAUGUUUACAAAAGAGCUUAAGGACUUACAUUCAAGAAAUUCAACCUUAGAAAAUCAACUGUUAGAAUUACAAAAGUCCAAUAUGCAACAAAAAUCCAAUUUAGGAACACUGAAAGACAGCCAUGAGUUUACAGAGGAGAAACCUCAUCAUCUUCGGGAUCAUCCAUAUGUGGUUAAACUUCUGGAAAAACAGGAAAAAAAGUGGGUGUCUUGUAUGCAAGCCAAGUGUCAUGAUCAUGAGACAGAAACGUCCCUGCUACGGUCAGAGGUGGAGAGCACCAAAACAGCAGCGAGGGAAGACCUGAACAGAAAUAACAUCUUUUACAGGAAGAGGAUAGAAGAAUUGGAGAAGAGGCUUCAGGAGCAGAAUGAUCUGAUUAUUAGUCAGAGGAAGCAGAUAAGAGAAUUGUCUGUGAAACCACCUCCAAGUGUUAAAACAUAUGAUGUGAACACUCCUGUAGAGCGUCUUCAAGAACCUAAACCAACUCCAUCAAUUCCUCCUCCUGAGCAGGCACCCUUGGUGCAUAUGCUGGAGCCCAUAGAGGAGCUUUCAGAAGAGGAAAAAGAAAUUGAGAAAAUUGAUCUAAAACCAGACAGAAGUAAGCACUAUUUAAUAAAUGCUCUGAAGUCUGAUCCUUCUUUAACUAAAGAAUUGCGAGUUGUUUUGGAGCAAGCUCUGGAGGAGAAGCUGGAAUCCUUGGGAAUUAAAGCAGGUGUUCGUGGAAUAUCAAGUGAUCGCUUAAAUAAAAUUUUGCGAGCUAUUGAAUAUGCCAGAGAACGCAAAGGGAGGCAUGAGCCUGCCAUUCAAGGAAUUCGAGAGCGCCUUGAACGUCAAGUUGGCCUUCGGAUUGAAGAGAGAUCAUUAUCUUCUAGCAGAUCUGAUGCCUGUGUUCAUCUUCCUGGUGAAGAAAAACACAGGUGCCACCCAUUGGGAAUUUCCUCGCUUGCCACACCUCCAAAACCAUCCAAGUGGUCUCCAUCAGCUGCCCGCCCACCUGGACAAAGACCAAUCAUCCCUGACUAUAGUUCUACACCAAACCCCAAGAAAAUUCUUGGAAGUGGAGCUUCCAGAAAGACAUCUAGCAUCACAACACCACCAUUCAGUUCAGAGGAAGAAGCUGAUGAAGAUGAUAUGAAACAGUCUUAUGUAGCACCAGAGGCAUUGCAAAAGCAGUCAAAACCAUCAAGCAGCAUCGUCCAUGCUUUUCAGAAGCCUUUUGGCAAAAGCAAUGGGGGUGGAAGGGAGGAAAAUGGACCUCAAGAAACUGGAACACCUACCAAAACUUCUAAAGCAACAGUUAUUCAAAAACUGACUAAACAAGUUGGAGAGAGUCUUUCUAACCAUGGAAGUAAGAACAAACCAGCUGGAGGAAUUAAUGUUGCACAGGCAUUUACUAAGAAAGAAGGAGUGAAAGAACAAAAGCUCGCAGAAGCUGAUGAAGAUGAUUGGGAUAUUUCAUCAGUAGAAGAAGACAUUUUAUUGAUGAAAGAGAACAGAGCUCAGAAGGCAAUGACAGUUCAGAAAAACGAGCCCAGUGCUGCAUCUGUGGUUCAUGCAUGGGGCCUUCCCAAGAAGAGUGCACCAAAGGAGGAAGGCCUUCAUGAAGCUGAUAAUACAAGCACGCUAAAAAGCAGCUUAGUCACUGUAACAGACUGGAGUGAUUCUUCAGACAUAUAAUUGUUCCAUUCCUGAUUGAUUGGAGGUCCUGCUUUUGGGUUCUGCUGGGGUUCAAAAUGCAGGUGAAAACAUCAAAUGUUUCCCAGUAACUUCUCUAAUUGGUCCUGUAAUAACAAGGAAUACUGUUUACAGAGCUCUUGUGUCUUUCAGUCUGACUCUGAAAAAGAAUGUUGAAAUAUGCAUUAGUGGCCAUGUCUAUUUGGAAACAAAGUAAUUCUUUCUUUUUGUGGCAGUUUAACGCCAGCCAAGCCCCACGCAGCCACUCACUCACUCCCUCACCUGUGGAACUGGGGAGAGACUUGAAAGUAAAAGUGAGAAAACUCGUGGGUUGAGAUCAAGGCAGUUUGAUAGGAGAAGCAAAAGCCACACACACAAGCAAAGCAAAACAAGGAAUUAAUUCACUGCUCCCAUGGGCAGACAGGUGUUCAGCCAUCCCAGGAGAACAGGGCCCCAUCAAAUGUAAUGGUGGCUUGGGAAGACAAAAGACAAUACAAAUUCUUCCUCUUCCUCCUUUUCCCCCCACUGUAUAUACUGUGCAUGAUGUCACAUGGUCUGGAAUAUCCCUUUGGUCAGUUCGAGUCACCUGUCCCACCUGUGUCCCCUCCAAACCUCCUGUGCACCCCCAGUCCUCACUGAUGUGGUGGUAUGAAAAACAGAAAAGGCUCUGUGCAAGCCCUGCUCAGCAAUACCAAAAACAUCUCUGUUACCAACUCUGUGUCCAGCACAAAUCCAAGACACAGCCCCAUACCAGCCACGGUGAAGAAAAUUACCUCUACCCCAGCCAAAACCAGCACACUCAUGAGUUCAGUGGUGAAAGUCUCUUACAUUUCUCUGAGGUGAAGAUUUUGCCUCUAAUGUUUACAUUAAAGAUUGAAACUGGUCUUGCAAGAAACCAAUGAACAGAAUAUACUGCAGAGUAUUUCUUUAUACAAUCUUUAAUGCAUAUUUUUUAUAUUUUAUCAUGAACUUUAUAUAAAAUUGUCAACAUUUUAAAGAAAAUAUGUCCAUGUAUUAAACUAUUACGUUUCUACCAUGGUUUACAAUAAACACUAAAUGAAAAGAAAAAAGCCUCAGCUCUAAAACUAAUCAUCAUUAAAUGCCUCCUAUAUGGGGAAGUUGGUUUGUUGUGGGUUUUUUUUGUAUUGGAAUUCAGUCUUUGUUAGCAUGAAAGGACGACAACUGGAAAAAAAAUCACAAUGUCAAGCCACAGUAAUGAAAGCACUAACCUGCCAUGGCAGAAGUACUUGACAUUUCUGCUUUGUCCAUAUUAGCUGCCUUCUUUAAAAAAACACAGUAGUGUUUCUACUUAAAUGAAGUACAAAAAUAACAUAAAACAAAAAGAACCUUGACUUUGUAGUUUGAAUGUAAUUUAGAUAAUAUCAGAUACAAAACUUUUUCUAUACUGUGCCAUUAUUAAAUAGGACUGUUCAUUUUUUAUAUUUACACUGUUGUCCCAAAAUAACCAACUUUUAUUGAAAUUCCACCGGUCCAUCAGUUUAAACUUCACAAAAAACCUGAGUUUGUGUCUGAUUUUAGGGACUCAAUCUAGAAAGCAUUUUGUGAUCAUUUGUAAUCUCUGUUCUCAUUUAUUGACUUGUACAAAUACUCCCUCAAAAGUCAUCACAUUCCAUGACAGACAAAGAAAAAACACUAGCUGUAUUUUUGAA